AAUCACUGCGAACAAUGUUUUAAAUAGUCAACGUUAUCUGUUUUUUUAAUUUUUUGUUUACUUUCCGACUUUUAAUGGUUUAUUUUACUUCUGUUUCUUUUUACUUUUUCUCUGCCUUCACUUUACAGUUUUCAUUGAUAUCAUUGUCAUGUUCGUAUAGUUUCAAGUUUUCACAACAAUUAAUUGGUUGUAAUAUUUAUAUGUUUUUAUUUUCUAAAUAUACUUAAAUUUUUGUAAAAAUAUUAGAUUUAUCCAUUAAAUAUGAAUAAAAAGGGUGCAGACCCUAAAGUUAAAAAAACUCUAAUAAGAAAUUAUGAACAGAAAGUGCGUAAGACAUCACCUAAUCCUGUAAUUUACGAUGUUGCUUGUACAUCAAAACAAACCGAAAAAAGUCGACAGUUCUCACAAAAGGACAAAGAAUUAAGUCAGCCCACUUUGUGCUCUAGCGAGGCAUUGGCAAGUUACUUAUCUGACGUAAAAAAAUCAUUGCCACCACCGGCAGUUGAAGAUUUAAAUAUAGAAAAAGGAGAACUUACAUCUAAAGUCACAAAAAAGCUUAAUUUUCAUAUCAAUGAUAGAAUAUAUAGGAAUUUGAUAGCAUUAAAUGCAAAUGUGGACGAACUGAAAACUACAAAGAACCGAAGACCCACUAGUGGUAUGAAACAGUUAAAACGGGAUCUGGAACCAAAAAUAGAGGACUUCUACCAAGACGAAGAAGAGACUGACAUAGCUCCAAAUGUGCCAACAAUAAAACCUAAAUUCAAACCUGUUAAAAAAAGUUAUGAUGGUGAUUUACACCAGUUGGUGGCCUCAUUUGAAAUCUUAUGACAUUUACUAUUAAGAAUAGUAAAAAUAAUGGAAUAUUUUAUUAUUUUAUUUAGAAAAAUGUAUUUAGUUAUUAUUGUACUUACUUAUUACACAUUUAAGACUGCAUUCUCAGAUGCAAUAGUCAUAUGUAUUGUGAAAUAUAGGUAGCUACUAAAUUUGUCUGCAUUCCCUUCUAUAAAUAUACAGUAUUAGUUGAUAUGAUUCUCAUAACAAACAAUUUUAUUGGUUGUAUAAAUUGUUAAAUAAAUUAUACCAAACUCUUCACUGUUUCAUGUA